GCUAAUUUUUAUUUCAAAAUUCGAAGAACGCAACGAACGCUGCCGAAGCGAAUCGAAGGUCGAUGAUCUUCAGUGCAUCGUUCAAUUCGUCUCAGCUCUGCCACCGUCUCCAUUUUCGAUGCUCCUUGAGCUCUGGAGAGGGACAGAUAGAGUUUUAGAAAGAGAUUGAGGGGAAGGUAGAAAUGAUAACACGAUCGAAUCUGGCGGAACAGCUGAGGGAGUAUCAGAUUCGAUCCAAGCAUGAUUGGGCGUCCGUAUCCUUCUUCUCCUCCACUUCUAAUCUCACUUCUUCAAGGGUGGAUGUUGUGAUUUUCGUGAUUUGGGAACUCGUCAUUCUAGCUUUCCUGGUUUUUUCGGCAGUUUCUUUAUAUUUUAGGCAUAUCCGACUCGCUUUUAUUUUAGUAUGCAUCACAAUGCUUUUGCUUCUAUGCAUGAAAAUUACAAAGCAAAUGAGAUUGGCUAGGAAAAAGAAACGAAGAAUGCUUCUUCCUUUAUCCAUGUAAAACUAUCUGAGGUCAAGAACUUUAAUAUAGUUACUGCAACCACGCGGUUGAAAUAUUUGGGUCCAUUGUUUUACCUCAGUUUAUUGAACAUGUAACUCCACGCAAAACAUAACACUAUUUGAUUCAUGAAAAAUGUUCUCAUUACUAUUAGCAGCUA